AUGGAAGCAGAGUCUUCGGCCGCCGGGGCGGCAGCUGGUGCAACAGCGGCGGGUGAAGGGCCUACGGUGGCGCCGUUAGAGGUUGCUUACUGUGGUGUUUGUUCGUUACCGCCUGAGUACUGCGAGUUUGGAGCUACGGUGAAGAAGUGUAUGGAUUGGUUGGAGGGUAAUCAUCCGAGUUUACAUCAGAAGUUAUAUUCUUCCGAAGCCCUCGAAUCCAAAAUGGGAACAAUGACACUAGAAGCCCAACAAAAAGCCGAAAAGGACCUUGCCAAAAAACAACAAAAGGAAGAACUCCGUCAAGAACGCGAAGCAGCUAAAAAGAAGUCCUCGGUCAUAACUAUCAAACGUGUCGAACGUACCAAGAGGAAAUACGUCACCGUGGUCAGCGGUAUCGAGGCCUUCGAGUUGGUGUACAAAACCGUUGCGAAGGAGUUCGGCAAGAAAUUCGCUUGCGGUAGCAGUGUUACCAAGAGUGCGGCGGGUUCAGAGGAGAUUACGGUACAAGGUGAUCUGAGUGAUGAGAUUUUGGAGGAGUUGGUGGAGAAGUAUGGUAUUGAUGAGGAUAAUAUUAGACAGGUGGAGGAGACUAAGAAGAAGGGGGGUAGUGGGCCUGGUUGA